UAUUCCCAAACCAAUAAAAAGAAACUCCGUGGACCCAUGUAAAAAUAUAAAUAACAUAAAAAUAAAAGCGGAAGAAUUUCCGUGCAACCACGUACAAUGAACGCCUUAUUUCCCGAAAACAGCGCCGCCGUCAGGAGUGGCAGUCGCCGCCGUUUUCCACAGUUCCCCCACCAACGAAACUUCCACCAUACCCCUCCUCAGCCUGCCACGCGUCACCCACCACCUUCAGUAUAUAUAUAGUGUGUGUAUGUAUCUAUGUAAUAUCACUGCAUCCCUUGUGAAGCAUCGAUCUUAAUUCAGCUCGUGAAUUUUAACCGUCAUGUUGCCGCCGGAACAAUGAUGAAGGAUUCCGGCAAGUCCACCUCUCUGCACGUCAAGAAAACGCAGAAAGCCCGCCUGAGGCGGCUCGAAAUUCUGCGGAUGCGCCCCGGCAAUCUCACGCACGAGAACGACUCAGACCGGGAAGGGGAUGCCAAGUCCACGUCAUCCGCCUCCUCCAUCGACUCUCCUGAGCUCACCCGAAGACACGGAAGUUUCGAAUUCGGCGGAUCGUCCUCGUCGCCGGCGGCGGCGCGGUGCGAGAGCAGCGGCUUGCUUUACGGACACGUGUCGGUGAUGGGGCGGCGGAGGAUGAUGGAGGAUACGGUCACGGUGGCGCCGCACGGCUGGCUAGCUGGGGAAUACUCCUUCUUCGCCGUCUACGACGGCCACGGCGGCGCCAGGGUCGCCGAGAAGUGCCGAGACAGGAUGCACAAGAGCCUCGAAAGCCUCAUCAACAAGGCGAAGACAGCGCCGGCGCCGUCGCCGGAGGGUAAAGCCUUUGACUGGGAGAAAGUCAUGGCGGAGUGUUUCCGGAGCAUGGACCAGGAGCUGCUGGAGGACGACAUCGCCACGGCCGCCAUAGGUGAGCACGUCUCGGCGGCUGAGAAAAUGGUGGGUUCCACGGCGGUGGUGGUGGUGGUCGGCAAGAAUGAGGUUGUAGUCGCCAAUUGCGGCGAUUCCAGGGCGGUCCUCUGCCGCGGCGGCGCUCCGGCGCCCCUGUCCAGAGAUCACAAGCCAGACAGCGCAGACGAGAAGGAAAGAAUUGAAGCCGCCGGAGGAAGGGUGCUCAACUGGAACGGCUGGCGAGUCCAGGGAGUCCUCGCCACUUCCAGGUCCUUAGGCGAUCAUGGUCUGAAGCCAUAUGUGACCUCGGAGCCGGAAGUGAACGUGGUGACGAGAUCAGAGAUGGACGAGUUCCUGAUAAUUGCAACGGACGGUCUGUUUGACGUGGUAGGGAAUGAGCUGGCAUGCGAAUUGGCCAAGAAGUAUCUGAUGGACAGACAGGAGGGUGGUUCAGAGGCGGCUGGGCCGGCGGAAGCCGCGGCCGCACUGGCUGAGCUAGCCAUUGCUAAGGGAAGCAGAGAUAACAUUAGUGUCAUCGUUGUACAGCUCAAAUGAAGCAGGCAAUGGAUCGGAAUUUGUUUCAAGUUUGAUUUGUGUUGCAAUUUCGUUUUUUUUUUUUUCACUUCGAUGAUGGUUGUAAGGCUUGACUUGCAGGCCUGUCUUAUGUACAGCACAGGUUUUGCUUCGAUUGGAUUGUGUUUGUUGUGGUUAAUUAUUAUGUGUAUAAUGAACUUUUCAUUUCUUGCUUUCUGGGCUUUU